AUGAGCAAGCAUCCAACACCCAACGAGAACCACCCACAACCCAACCUCCAACAGCAACAUCAGCCGAUCGAAACCAUCCCUCAUACCCCUCCGCAACCACCGCCAACCUUGCCAACCAUCAGCGAGAUCAACAACCAACUUCUGCACACAACACCCGGCCGACCAUCCUGCCAGCCAUCUCCCGUACCACCCACAGCAGCAUCAAACACAAACAACCCUACCGAUUUCGUCCAAAGCCAACCAUCAUGUCAGCCACCCACCCUCCCAGUCAUCACAACACCAAAUGACCUGCAGCAUCAGCAACCACUCUAUGAUCCCACGAGCGAUAGAAGCGACCAUCUCCAAAUACACGCAAUCACCGACGAUCACCGAACAGCCAACAGCAUCGAGCAUCAAAACACCUCAAACGUUGGCCCUCAAUCGAUCUACCCGUUCGUGCUGCGAAGCGGCCCCGUGGACCGGACUCUUCACAGAUACCUGAAUGUCGGUCUGGCUCAAAGCAGCCGUGUGUUGCAGCAUGCUUCCCCCGGUGUCUCUCCAGACGAUGACGUUUGGAUUUAUUACCAGAACGUGAGAGGAUUGAGAACCAAGCUGGAUGAUCUCUAUUUGACGAGCUUCGACUGCGAUUUCGACGUUAUCAUGAUGACGGAGACAGGACUGGACGACAGCAUACAUUCUACGCAAGCUUUUGGACAAUCUUUCAACGUUUACCGUUGUGACCGUGGUCCUUCAAACAGCGACAAACAUUGCUUUGGUGGUGUCCUCAUUGCUGUAUCCGAACGCCACAGCAGCUCUGGCUUUGUUUCGAACAACGGGCGACGAUUGGAGCAGGUGUGUGUUUCCGCGAACGUUCGUGGUACCCGAUUCCUGAUGUGCAACGUCUACAUACCACCGGAUAAAAGCCGUGAUGCCGAUUUGCUUGAGGAGCACAUCGCAACAGUUCGUGAAAUUUGUGACUACGCUUCCCCUGGCGACAUCGUCCUCGUGUGCGGAGAUUAUAAUCAACCACAUAUUGCAUGGGCGAAAGAUGAUAGUGGAACCAUACGAUUUGUCUGUUCAUCCCAAUUGAGUCCAGCGGGCACAUCGUUAGUCGACGGCAUGGACUUCUUGAACUUGAUUCAAGCAAAUACACAGCUGAACCAUUUAGGCCGCACGCUAGAUCUGGUUUUCGCGUCUGAUGUGAGUCGUGUUUCCGUUGAUGCUUCUGAGGAGUCUUUGCUUCCUAUUGACACUCACCAUCCCCCGCUCAACAUCCGUAUCAAUAUUGCAACCGAAAGCACGCGCUUUUCACCGCUGACAAGUAAUGGAGCGCUCAACUAUCCGAAAAUCGAUUUCGACUGCCUCUCUGCUUUCUUGUCAGAUCUGGAUUGGAACUGCAUCUAUGAUUGUACGGACAUCAAUGACAUGGCUUUUAACUUCUGUAAUACCAUAUGCCAAUGGUUGAACGAAAAUGCUCCUCUGAAAAAGAAGCCCUUAUCGCCACCUUGGAGUACACCCCUUCUUCGAAAGCUGAAGCGUGAACGCAACAAAUGGCAGCGCCAUUUGCGGUCCCAUAAAACAACAUUUGCCAAAAGCAAUUUCAAGCGGGCGGAACGUGUCGCUUCUCGUGUUACUCCGGAUGCGGUAGAUCUGGACACGUUUGAAAUUUCAUCCGAUAUGAUUGUCGAGGCCUCAAAAAAGCUGAAAAACUCAUUCGCUCCUGGACCAGACGGCAUUCCCGCCGUGGUGUUUCGUCGCUGCAUUAGUGCCGUUGCGGAACCACUAUCGUUCAUCUUUAGACAAUCAUUCGAACAAGGAGAGUUCCCUACGAUUUGGAAAACGUCGUACAUGUUCCCUGUGCACAAAAGUGGGGACAAAAAGGAUGUGAAAAACUAUCGCGGGAUUACCAGUCUCUCUACCGCUUCGAAACUUUUCGAGAUCAUUGUAAGUGAUCGCUUAAUGCGCGCCUCGAAAGCCUACAUCUCGAGCGAUCAACACGGCUUUAUUCCCGGUAGGUCUGUAGCCACCAAUCUCCUGGAUUUGACAACUACCUGUCUGACAGCUAUGGAAGAAAGGAUGCAAGUAGACGUAAUUUACACGGACUUGAAGGCAGCGUUCGACAAAAUUGACCACAAGGUGUUGAUAUGCAAGUUGUCUAGACUGGGAAUCUCGAAUAGGCUCUUAGCGUGGUUUUCAUCGUACCUGACGGACAGAAAGCUGUGUGUCAAACACGGAGCGUACGUUUCUGCGCCGUUUGUUGCCUCGUCUGGUGUGCCUCAAGGCAGCAAUUUGGGACCCUUGUUAUUUGUCAUCUUCUUUAAUGAUGCAGCAUCGACACUUGGUUUCAAGUGCAAGCUCGUUUACGCCGACGAUCUCAAGAUCUACAUGGUGGUGCGAUCCAUAGAAGACUGCCUUCGUCUGCAAACCUUGCUUAACAUGUUUGCACAAUGGUGCGAGGAGAACAAGCUUGUUAUCAGCGUACCUAAAUGCCAAGUGAUGACUUUCUACCGCUCUAAGGAUCCGAUAAUGUUCGACUACCACAUCAAUGGCUCCAUUCUAAAAAGGGUGGACGAAGUGACGGAUCUUGGAAUCAUACUGGAUCGCCAGCUUAGCUUUCAAUCUCAUUAUGCGAGUAUUAUCUCGAAAGCAAAUCGACAACUUGGUUUUGUUUUCAAGAUUGCUAAAGACUUCACAGAUCCACAUUGCCUGAAAUCGCUCUACUGCUUCCUCGUACGCCCGAUCCUGGAGAAUGCCUCGGUUGUUUGGGCCCCACAUGAUGUCACAUGGAAUCUGAGGAUUGAACGAGUGCAAAAAAGGUAA